CAAACCAGCAGCAACGCCGAAUUUGCAUAGCGUCUAGAACCUGAAAAGGGUCGGCAAUCUCUUUACGUUCUGAUACCAAUUUUCCUCUCUAUAGACAUAUACAUACCCCCCAAAUCAGGAGAUACACCAAGCAUGCGUUUGGUCAAGAACAAAAUCGAGCUCAAUGGCUCCGGUACGGUGACGCUGUGCCCCGAAGAGCCAGAGGACAUGUGGCAUGCUUACAACCUCAUUCGACCGGGCGACCUCCUCCGCGCCAGCGCCAUCCGCCGUGUCACCACCACCCAAGAUACCGGUUCAACAAGCUCGGCGCGAGUACACCUGACCCUCGAGAUUCGAGUAAAAAGCCUCGACUUCGACCCGCAGAGCUCGCAGCUUCACGUAAGCGGACAGAUAGUAAAUGAGACGGCACAUACCAAGGUCGGACAGCACCACACCCUCGACCUCGAGCUGAACCGCAAUUUCACACUUGAGAAGGAGAUUGGAUCUGACGGGGAAGGGGUGGGAUGGGACAGCAUCGCUGUUCAGAUGCUCAAGGACGCGGUGGAUGAGAGUGGCAAUCGUCGGGCCGAGGCUGUGGCCGUUGUGAUGCAAGAGGGACUGGCUCAUAUCUGCUUCAUCGGGCAGUUUCAGACAAUCCUCAAACAGAAGGUUGAGAUGUCUGUGCCUCGCAAGCGACAAGGUGGCGGGGAUCACGACAAGGGCAUGAACAAAUUCUUCCAAGUUACGCUCGACACCCUCGUCCGGCAGAUGGAAUUCAACACUAGUGCCACCUCGCUCUCCACCAACAACGAGACCGUGCGACCCGUCCUCCUUGCUUCGCCGGGCUUCGUGGCGGCCGGGUUUCAGAAAUAUAUCCAGUCGGUGGCUAAUACCAGCAUGCCGGCGCUCAAACGCCUCCUCCCGAGCAUCGUGGUCGUACACUCGGCCUCGGGAUACCUCCACUCCCUGGCGGAGGUACUGCAGUCACCCGCCGUGAAAACGAUCCUGGCGGACACCAAGUACGCACGCGAGACGAGACUCAUGGACGACUUCCUAGAUCAGCUGCGCAAGGAGACCAAUAAGGCGACCUACGGCCCGCGCGAGGUCGAGUCGGCCGUCGAUCAGGGUGCCGUGGGCCGCGGCGGUGGCGUGCUGAUCAUCUCCAACCGGCUGUUUCGAUCGCAGGACGUGGCCGAGCGCAAACGCUGGGUGUCGCUGGUGGACCGCGUGCGGGAUGUUGAGGGGGGCGAGGUGCGCGUGUUGAGCUCGGAUCAUGAGAGCGGCCGGAGACUGGAUGGGCUGGGGGGUGUCGCGGCGUUGUUGACGUUUCCGAUCGUCGAUGAUGCGGGUGAUGAAGACGAUGACGACGAUAGCCAAUGA